CUCUUCCUGCCUCUCUCUAUCCCUCUCUCUCUCUCUCUCUACCUCUUUCUCUCUUCUCUUUCUCCCGCUCUAUAAAACAUCACAUAACACUGACAAUCAGACCUACAAGCACUACCAUUCACGCAACACCGCCACUAAUCCUGCAACAAAGAACGUAUCAUUCACAUCUUCCAAUAGACAAAACAGAGACAGAGUAUUUGAUUUUCAGCCCUCAGUCAAUCUGAAGAUUGAUCCCUGCUAUUUGCUCCAGGGUCUUUUUCGGGUUUCCCUUUGUCAUUUAUCUCUAGUUGUGGCAUUUUUACAUAGUCCAUUUUAUUUUAUUUUUCAAGAAAGGGAUUUGCGUACAGGUAGGCAUGAAAAGUGAAGGUCUACCAAGAGGAAUGAAGUCCACAUGUUGGUGCGUUGUUCUCCUGUCACUCAUUUCUAUGGUUACAAGUGCCCAUUCGUCUGCUUCUGGAAGUUCAGAUGUUCUGAAGUCAGAGAGCCCAAAGUCGAGAGCUAAGGACCUCUGGACAACAGACACCAGCAAGGACUUAUCCAUCAGUCGCCUGCUCUCCCAGACCUUUUAUGAGAAGAACCUGUCUGGUCUGGAUCUGAACUAUGACAAGUUGGAACCAUACUCUAAACAGGAGCUCUGGGACUGGCUCCACAACACCUCUAGCCUUCGUGACCCCCGCUCCCGAUCCAAGAGGAGACCCAUCGUCAAGACAGGAAAGUUCAAGAAGAUGUUCGGCUGGGGCGACUUCCACUCCAACAUCAAGACAGUGAAGCUCAACCUGCUGAUCACCGGGAAGAUCGUAGACCACGGCAAUGGCACGUUCAGCGUCUACUUCCGCCACAACGCGACGGGCCAGGGCAACGUGUCGGUGGGUCUGGUGCCGCCCACCAAGGCCGUGGAGUUCCAACUGCAGCAGUCGACGGUCCUCGAGCCCAAAGACACCAAGCUGUUCAACUGCAGGGUGGAGUACGAGAAGGUGGAGAAGGGCACCAGGAAGUCGUUGUGUUCCCACGACCCUUCGCAGAGCUGCCCUCAGGAGCAGACCCAGAGCCAUGUGUCCUGGCUGUGCUCCAAGCCCUUCAAAGUCAUCUGCAUCUACAUCUCCUUCUACAGCACCGACUACAAGCUGGUGCAGAAAGUGUGUCCGGAUUACAAUUACCACAGCGAUACUCCCUACCUCCCCACCGGGUGAUUGGCUGAGCGGCUAAGGGAAUGGAACAGAGACAGACAGGGCAUUCGCUCCUGAGAGGUGUCAGUUGAUUUGAGCUAGGCUGGCACGGCCCUCAAUAGAACAGAGAGGGAUGCUUUACUGUCGGAACAGAACUGUUAAAAGGUAUUAUUAAAGCUAAUGCGUCCCUGCUGCUUGUGAGAUCGCUACACUGAGCAGACCUUCCCUAUGGCCAUUGUACGAGCAUUUAGGACACAACAUUUCCUGGCUUGGCAUACUUUUUCCUCAUGUAUUUUGACCCUCUAUAGUAGCUGUACGAAAGUACUCAGCCGGAGCCCUCGCUGAAGGUUUGUCAUUAUGUAAAUAAUAACUCAUAAAGCCCACUUUAUUCUAUUAGAAAGUGUUUCGAUCUUCUAAUGUAACUCUGUGUGUUGAUGGAAUAGCAUUUUUCAUUUUCUCUCAUUGUCCGUUUCUGUUUGUCGCUGGUGAUUACAAAGCGGGAAAUGAAAUAGGUAGAUGUCGACUUACUGUGAAGGAAAGUGUCCGAACGCAUUAAGACGUGCCAUCUAUUUCAUUACGUGUUUGUAUCUGUAUGACAGCCAGAAAUACAGAUCCUUUCAAAAUGGUUUCUUUUUCAGUCUCAGUGAAUUAUUGACACAUCAACAUCACAUUUAAUAAGAGCAACUCAAAAAAAAAACAUAAAAUAAAACACUUCCUACAGAUAUACACUGAGUAUACCUAACAUUAGGAACACCUUCAUAAUAUUGAGUUGCACCCCCUUUUGCCUUCAGAACGGCCUCAAUUAGUCAGGGCAUGGAGUCUAUAAGGUGUCAACGCGUUCCGCAGAUAUGCUGGCCCAUGUUGACUCUAAUGCUUCCCACAGUUGUGUCAAGUUGGCUGGAUGUCCUUUUGGAGGGUGGACCAUGCUUGAUACAAAUGGGAAACUGUUGAGUGUGAGAAACCCAGCAGCGCUGCAGUUCUUGACACAAACCGGUGCUCCUGCCAC